AUGGCAGAAGCGCCAUCUAUCAGUACUAGAGGGGUUCAGGCGGAAGACGUAGCUAAGGAAAAGGCUGAAGCUGCUCAGAGGCGUCGAGAUAGGACUGCUCGUCGUGUCACACUUGGGCGUCUUGAGAAACCUGAGAGCAUGUGGAAUCGCUGCAAGCGCUCGAUACGCUCUUCUAAUGAUGGAACGUGGUUAGAAAUACACAUCAAGCACAGGUCAUUGAUCAAUGGUGGCGAGACUGCUGAGAUAACCAAAGAUGGAAAAAUAGGUGAUGAAGACAGAUGGAAGGUCAACAAUAUAAUUGAGGACUGGGAAGGCGACUACACGAACGUACUGGCAGAGUAUGAAAGCUUCUAA